AUGGAAAUUUUACAAAUACUUCGCAAUCAUAUUAUUAGUAAUGAACCUUCUUUUAUGUGCAAUGAUGAAACUUUUUCAACUAUAUUAAAUAAUAUUGAAAAACAAUUGAUUACUGAUCUUCAAGGUCAAAAUAAUGAAUUACAUUAUGAUCAAUUUAUAGCACGUUGUAUUGAUCUUGAAGGUCUCGAUGGUUGUGGUAAAUCGACAUUAGCAAUUGAAUUACAGAAACAAUUAAAUAUACGUGGACAAAAAUCACGUUUAUUAUCAACACCACCUGGUGAACUUCUGCCAUUUCGAUCUUAUUUUGAUGCACAACUAGAAUCUAUUCGUCGUGCUUUUUAUAAUCUAGGAAAUUUAAUUGUUUCAUUUGAAUUAAAAAAUCAACAAGAUACAAUAAUUGUUCUAGAUCGAUAUUGGCCAUCGACAAUUGCUUAUCAACAAGCAAAAAUAAUUGAUAAUAAUCAAAUAAAUAUUUCAUGGCCUAAUUAUUUAGUUCAACCUGCUGUAAUUGUUUAUAUUUAUGUAGAUGAAGCUGAACGAUGUCGACGUAUCACACAACGAUCUGUAUCAAUUCCUGUUACUGUAGAAGAAAAACAAUUAGCUGAACAAGAAGCAUUUCGUAAUCGACUUGAUUUUAUUUAUCGAAAUCAUAUACCGAGUUCUCAUCUACAUGUUAUUGAUGGAAAUAGAGCAACAAAUGUCAUUGCAAAUGAUAUUCUUAAUUUAUUAUCCGAACAAAAUUUGUAG